AUGGACAAUAUUCACAGGCUGAACGUUGUACAUCGCCUUGAGAAGCGAAGCUUGCUCGUUGCAAUCAAUUGUCUCGCUGGACUUUCUAUCCUCUUCUUUGGUUACGAUCAAGGUAUGAUGGGCGGAGUUAAUGCAGCUUACGAUUAUUACACACUCAUGGGCUUCGCCCACAGGGGAGAUGACGGUGGCCCCGUUGUCACCAACUCACUCCUCCAGGGAGGCAUCGUUUCAGUUUACUACCUCGGAACACUUGUUGGAUGCCUUAUCGGAGGCUCUCUCGGCGAUCGAUACGGACGAAUCAAAGCCAUCUUCGUUGGCGCCCUCGUUGCCGUGAUUGGCGCUACACUUCAGACCUCCGCCAUGAACGUCGAAUGGAUGAUUUGUGCCCGCCUUAUCAACGGAUGGGGCACUGGUGUCUUGAACGCAAUCAUCCCGGUUUGGGCUACCGAAAUCGCUGAGCACACGUCCCGCGGACAGUUCAUAGCUAUCGAAUUUACACUGAAUAUCUUUGGAGUUGUUCUUGCUUAUUGGCUCGAGUACGCUUGCUCAUUUUACGGAGACGGCACCUCCUCUUUUGUAUGGCGCUUCCCUAUUGCUUUCCAAAUUCCUAUGCUCUUAGUGCUCAUGGCCGCCGUCUUCUUCUUCCCGGAGUCCCCUCGUUGGCUUGUCAAAGCUCGCCGAGAGAAUGAGGCCCGCUACAUCCUUGGCAGACUCCGUGGCGAUACAGGCGAAGACAAACAACAGGCGGAGGAGGAAUUCCAAGGAAUUGUGGCAUCUUGUGAAAUGGAACAUGCCAACUUCCGUCAUCAGACCUACUUUCACAUGCUGUUUGGAAUUGGUUCAGGAAAGCUACACACUGGUCGACGUGUUCAGCUGGUGGUUUGGCUCCAGAUCAUGCAAGAAUGGAUCGGUAUCGCUGGUGUCACGGUUUACGCUCCCACCAUCUUCGGCCUAGCGGGCAUGAGUCCAGAGAAGCGUCAGUGGAUCGCAGGCCUGAAUAACAUCUUCUACAUGUUUUCAACCCUCAUCUGCGUUUUUACUCUCGAUAAGAUUGGCCGUCGCUGGACCCUGUAUUGGGGGUCUGUUGGACAAGGUGUCGCGAUGGCUCUCGGCGGUGCUUUUGCCUACCUGGGUCAACAAGCCACUGAUGAUGGCAACCUCAGCAAGUCUGCGGCUUAUGGAAAUGUUGCUGUGUCAAUGAUCUUCAUCUUUACCUUCAUCUUCGGUGCUACUUGGCUGACUGUCCCCUGGCUGUACCCGGCGGAGAUCUUCCCUCUAGAGGUUCGCGCCAAGGGUAAUGCAUGGGGGGUUGUCGGCUGGUCCAUCGGCAAUGGCUGGCUUACUCUUCUCUGUCCCGUUAUGUUCCAACAGCUGGGAGAGAAAACCCUUUACAUCUUCGCCGCUUGCAACGCCAUUACCAUUCCGAUGGUCUGGGCCUUAUACCCGGAAACAAACCAACGCACUUUGGAAGAGAUUGAUCUGUUGUUCUCUUCAGAUAGCCUCUGGACCUGGGAAGCGGAAAAGAACUUUGCUAGACUUCAGCAGCAAGGUGCGAAUGCAGAGACGAUUCUGGAGAAGGAGGCUAAUAUGGAGAAGGGGGGUAACGAGGAGGCGAGUGUCAAUCAUGUCAUGCGGAAGUGA